AUGACGGGUGAAUCUCCGUUAAUUCUGAGAUCAAAGAGAUUAUUCCAACAGUUUCUGGUAGAUGCCUACACAAUGGUGGAAUCAAAGAGGUUAAAAUUUUUUAGGUGUAAACAACCACAGUUGAGGGUUGAUAAAUACAAAUGUCUGCAUGAAAGUCUUAUAAACGGGGAUGUAGAUGCUGCAAGGCUUGGCAAAAGAAUCAUUCUUCCCAGUACUUUUAUCGGUGGACCUAGAUAUGCAGGAUAUCCUAGCUAUUUUAUCACCAUGACCUAUAACCCUGAAUGGGAUGAGAUAAGAAGAGAAGUGACUUCCAUUGGAUUGAAAGCAGAAGACCGUCCUGAUAUAUUGUGUCGAAUUUUCAAGAUCAAGCUUGAUGGUUUGAUAGAUGACCUCAAAGAGGGAAAAAUCUUUGGCAAAAUUUUGGGAUACGUUUGCACUAUAGAGUUUCAAAAGAGAGGGCUUCCGCAUGCACAUAUCCUUUUAUUCAUGAGUAACGAGUUCAAGCCACAAACACCAGAUGACAUAGACAAACAUAUAACAGCUGAGAUUCCUGAUGAAAAUGAAAGGCCAAAUCUACAUAGAGCUGUUCAAAAUUACAUGGUACAUGGUCCAUGUGGUCCGUACAACAAGAAUUCACCUUGCAUGAAGAAUGGAUCCUGUUCAAAGUUCUAUCCUAAAGAGUUUAGACAGCGAACACUCAUUGAUGAGGCCGGAUUUCCCAAAUAUAGGCGUACUGAUAACGGUCGAACAGUGAAAAAAAGGGAAUGUGUACUAGAUAUUAAGUUCAUUGUUCCGUAUAAUCCAGAAUUGUUGCUCAAGUUCGGGUGCCACAUAAAUGUGGAAUACACAUGCCAAACAAGUUCUACUAAGUAUUUGUUUAAGUAUGUACACAAGGACAAUGACCGUGUAACAACUACCCUAUACAACACUGGUGAUUUGUCAGAAGCCACACAAGUUGUUGACGAAAUUAGGAAUUACUACGAUUGUAGGUAUAUUUCGGCAUGUGAGGCAGUCUGGCGUCUAUUUGGAUACGAAAUCCAAGAGAAAGAACCAUUUGUGAUUAGACUUCCAUUCCAUUUGGAGGAUGAGCAACAUGUGGUUUAUGGUGAAACUUCUAAUGUGAAUGAUAUCGUCGAAAGAGCAAUAUCUCAUAAGUCCAUGUUUUUGGGAUGGAUGGCAGCGAAUAUGUCAUAUCCUUAUGCUCGAAGUCUGACUUAUGCUGAGUUUCCAACCAAGUUUGUUUGGAAGGACGAUUCUUCAAAGUGGUUUCCUAGAAAGAAAGGCUUCGCAAUUGGAAGGUUGACUCAUGUACCUGCAGCAAAUACUGAAGAAUAUUACCAACGACUUCUCUUGAAUACUCAAAGAGGAUGUACGAGUUUUCAAGAUAUAAGAACAGUAGAAGGAACAAUUUAUGCUACGUAUAGAGAUGCAUGCUUCGCCCUUGGACUCUUGCAAGAUGACAAAGAAUUCAUUGAUGCAAUUAAGGAAGCAAGCUCAUGGGCCUCAGGAUCAUAUGUUAGGAGGUUAUUUGUCAUUCUGUUAACAUCCAACAAUAUCUCAAGACCAGAACAUGUUUGGGAUAGAUGUUGGCAUGAACUCUCAGAUGAUAUUUUGUAUCGACAGAGAGCUGUGAUGAACAUGAGCGAGUUAACAAUGUCAGAUGAUGAGAUUAAGCAGUUGUGCUUAAUGGAUAUAGACAAGACCUUAUAUUCCUAUGGUAAAACCUUGAAAGACUAUCCUUCUAUGCCUUUAGCAACUGAAGUUGAUAAUUCUUUGUUAACCGAAAGGGUUAUAAGGGAAGAGCUAAACUUUAACAGGGAUGAUUUAAAGAAAAAUGCCUCAGACAUGUUAGCCAUCGCAACACCUGAGCAGAGAUAUGCAUUCGAUAAAAUUGUUACAGCUGUGUAUUGUGAUGAAGGGGGUUUUUUCUCUGUGUAUGGUCAUGGAGGUACUGGAAAAACAUUUCUCUGA